AUGGCCUCCCCAUUCUACAAUUACACUAUCGCCACUCUGACCAGGGGUCUCAAUACCCUAUCUACGCUCUUAAAGAAGGCCGAAGAAUACGCGAAAGAAAAAAACAUCCCGCUCGACGAACUUCUCAAUGCCCGCCUUGUCGAGGAUAUGAAGCCUCUCUCCUUCCAAAUAGUGACGGCAACAAAUGUCGUCUCCAAGGCCCUCGCUCGUGCAGCUUUCGUCGAACCACCGCCACAGCAGGAGCCCGACGAGACCUACGAAGAUCUUUACAAGCGCCUUGAUAGGACACUCGCGGAGCUUGAAAAGGUCGAUCCAGCCAAGAUUGCUAUCAAGGAAGGACAAGCUUUUAAGGCUCCGAUUGGAGUGAAUGUGUUCGAUUUCACGCUAGAGGAUUAUUCGGUGCAAUUUUUGAUCCCGAAUUUCUACUUUCAUGUGGUGACGGCGUAUGAAAUCUUGAGGGUGAAAGGUGUGCAGAUAGGAAAGUUGGAUUAUCUGUCGGAAUUUAUGGCCUAA